UUCUGUGCUCAGUUAAUCAGUUUGACACAGCAUCUUGUUCUUGCGCCACCUUAAUCAACAAAACUACAACUGUUGCGUUGGGUCUCUCUUAUAUGUAUAGGCAUUUUCAGAUCUAUCAAGCAUCCAUAAUAAAUAAUUGUAAAGAAUGGAGAAGCCAUCUUGGUUUUGUACUGUUUUGACGCAGGUGUUUCUUUGCUUUGCUGUCUACCUUGCUCUCAACUUGGGUCAGCCUCAAAAGGCCAUUUACCAGAAUAGAGCUCUUGAUCUGUACUUCAUUAGUGUUAGAGGAGGCUUCAGACCUCUUAAGCAACAGACCCAUCUUCUGAGACUGAUGGAGAAAGUGGCAAAGACUUACAAUGCAAUUUUUGUGGUGAACACUAGUGAGCUCGGAGAGGAUGAUCCACUCAUGCAGAAUGGUACUCUGCUUUUCCCAUCACUGAAAGUUCCCUGGUACAAUACUAGAACUAAGGAGGGACAUGGAGCAAGUUGCUUCCUAGAGCAGAUAAAGCUACCUUACGGGAGAACCUUAGACAUAAUCGGUGUGGAUACUGGGUCAUUACAGGAAUUAGUUCUUACGGGAUCAUCAAGUGAAAGUGGACAAAAUCAGUUACAUUGGCUGACAAGGACACUAGAAGCAACCAAUAGCAACUGGCGCAUGGUUGUUGGAUUCCAUCCGUUGGUUGUUUGUGAAGAGAAGAAAGAGGAAUUGGAGGCAAAUCAAUUUUAUGAGCCUCUACACCAUAUUUUCCUAAGAUUUGGAGUUAAUGUGUAUCUAAGUGGUCAGGGCUGCACUAACCAUGUCCGACGUGGUAACAUCGCUUACAUUGGGAAUCCAACUCCCAGAGAGAAUGAAUCUUAUGUGGCAUCUGUAAAUGGAAAAUCAGUCUUUAAUGGAGAAUUGGUUAAUGGGUUUCUCCUUCACAGAGUCAGCUCACUAGAGAUUGUAACCUACUUUAUUUCCAUGGCUGGGGAAGUUGUGCAUAGAAGUGUAAUCCAACAGAGGGGUAAGGAGGUGAUGUAAAAAAUUCAUUUGAAGGAACAAAUUCUACCUGUUCUUCGAAGCCACGGCGCGAUUGAUUCCAACAUUCUUUCCGCACUUGAAUUGUCCUCUCAACCUGCAAGAAAUUUUCCUGCAUAUAUUAUGCCUUUCAACCCUUUUGACAUUAUAAGGGCUAUCUGUGAUUAUUUAGCUUUAUUUAUUUUUUUAUGAACUUUGUAGUUUCUUCUUCUAAAUAGUAGUUAUAUAUCAAGUCUAAAUGAUCCUCCUGAAUUGGUGUGCCAUUUCCCUAAUGAAUCUGAACUCUUCAUGUUGGUUGGUACCAGCAUUAACAUAAACAGAUGUUCUGAAAAUGCUAGAAGUGAUCAUU